GGGAGCGUUGUGCAGUUACUCAUGGUGUCUGACACUGUGGCUAGUUGGAGAGAUUGCUGUCCGCUGCUGCAGUAGGCCUGCUGGACAAAGUCACGUUACCUCAGGGAGGGGAGGGGGAAAAACUGAAUCUAAUGCCUGCACAGGGGGCACCCUCAUUCAGGCUCUGAAGUUACUGAUGCACGGUUGACUCUGAGCACACGGAGGGAGGAGUUGCGGGACGAUUGUCUGGCUGAAGCACACUCGCACACCACUGCCUGCCCAGUUGGUUGGAAUUAGCGCUUUGGUAGGAAAGCAGUAAUGGGAUUGUCUCUGAGACGGUCAAAUCAGCCCGAACAAACCUGCAAAAAACAUCUGAUCAACAAGAUGGAUGGAGGACUGUUCUGCUGAAUGAAUGUUUGGGCAUUUAGAGCUACAGAAUAGGCAACAAAGUUUUUGUCUGAACUCCAAAAUGUCUAACAGGACAUUUUCCAUGGACCAAGUUGAGAGCACAGUUCCUCUGCCCAGCAGAGAAGCCCUCGCCCUUGAGAAUCAUGAUAGCAACUCGCCACUGUCGCCUUCACCUGACUCCAACAGUAGUAUUUCAAACCUGAGUGACAGAGAAGCCAACAGCUCCCCUGAUAUCAACAUGCUGGAGGGCUGCCUCAGUGACAGCUCUUCUGUGGAUAACUCCUACAACAUCACCUUAUCACGGGAUAAUGUAUUCUCUGGCACGAGCAUGAACCUGAACCAAAGUUUAUUUGCCACACCUGAUAAUGGCAGUGGGAAUUUCUGCAAUAGAAAUCUGAGUCUGACGAGCAACCAUGAGACGGGAUCAAAUAACUAUCAGACUUUCUAUAAGAACACAGAUGAUAGAAGUAACAGAGCAGCGACGUCUCCAGACUCUGCUGGGAGGAGUUUAGGAGAGACUUCCCGUAGAGGAUCCACUGAGAAUGACUGCUGCUCCCUGAGCUCUGGGGAAAUGGUUAUAAGGAGCAACAGUUUUUGUCUGGAGGAUCAGUCACCCUUGUUAGUCUCUUCCCUGGAGGAGUCAUUUAUCUCUCUGGCUGCAGGCAAUCCAGCAUUGCCUGUGGACUCUAACCAGUUGUCAACCACUCUGUCGCAUCUCCACGAAAAAUCCACAGAAAGAGUCAUUGAGGAGAACGCAGUUCCUCCGUGUCUUGGCAUGACUUUCACUCACACAGAGCUCCCCACGGAGGAAAAUGAUGAGGCAACAUCCAACUCUCUUUUAGCUCUGCCAAGUGAGAAUGAGAUAGGUCAUAUGAUGACCUUUGUCUGUGAAACGUCUCCUGCAGAUUGUGGAAAAGAGGCUCAGUUUGUUGAAGCAGAGCUGUUGCCCCAUUUCCCUGUAGCAUUUACACCAGAACAAGGCAAAAACCUUGUGGCCACUAUGUCGGCUGCGCAAGCCACUGAAAUGGAGAUUCAUACUUCCACUCCAGUACAAAACAUUGGGAACAUGUUACCCAGUCUCCCCUCCUUUUCAGAGUCUCCCUGCACAGAAAACCCAGGCAGUCCAGGAUUCCACCCUGUUAAACUGCAGCAAAUCUCUAUGACUCAUAACCAUUUGGUUGCAGGACUGGUGCCUUCAGACAGCAAAGUCAAGAAAACGGCAAUUAAAAAGUUUCCCAAGUCAGACUUCAGCAGUGUAAAAUCUAAAGUCUUGACAAGAAGCAUGCAUCAAAUAGUGCCAGGCCCGGCUUCACAGCUCAAACCAUCUCACGUUAACGUGAACAAUAAACAAAUUGAAGCACAUAGAGUUGCAACUACCAGGUUUACUCCUGCCAAGUUGAGGAGUAGUACUGCAGUUGUCUCUACCACCACUAAAAUGGUCAAUGAUGCUCAGCGGCGUGUGAAUACAGGCUCUGCCAAUUUGGGCACGACAAUUAUACAGUCAUCUGGGCACACUACCGAGGAUGGGCAGGAGAAAGGUGGAGCAUCCACACCUUACCAUCACCCUGCUGCAAAUAACCAUGCUUCAGCAUUCCAAUGCAGUAAAGCCAGCUCUGUAACAGAACAGGCAGCCUCAAGCCAAGUAGCAGAUACUGCAGCACAGCAUUCUGGCAACCAGACCUUCUGCUGGUCAGCCUUAGAAAAAUCCCCUGAUAAAAGUAAAAAUGGCCAAACGGCUCACAAACCAGCUCCAAUAAAUGGCGUGUUAAACAUAAUUGACGUUGAGGCCGGCUCAGCUUUAGGUCAGGACAAGACUCCUGUGCUCAAUAUGCGGCCUCGCUGCUCAUCUGAGAGCUCAGCAGUGUCCUCCAGGCCACCCAGGGAGAAGAGAACAACUCUAAAGUAUUCUAAUAGCUUCACCAUUGUCAAAGCUAAGACCAAACCAGGGCACCUGGACUGCUCUUCUCGGAAUAAACCGACCAUUCCCACUGACACCACAAACGGACCUGCUGAAAACUCCACAAGAGAGGUUAGGAGGAUCAGCCUGGUGGCAGAGUCCAGCAAAUCGACAACAUCGGGAGCCUCAUGGGAUGAGCGUAAGAGCAAAUAUCGAGCACAGACAGUUUCUAGACAAGCAAGAGGAGCACCACCCUCAGUACCUCCAGCUGCCAGUCCCCGACCAGUCACUCUAUCAACCAGGCAGAGGCAGGGACCCUUUGGGAGGGACGAAUACAGGACCUCCAAAGCUGCAGGGACACCACAGUCCAAGCAGAAAAGCAGCACAUGCAGUCAGAGAGUGCAGGCAAAAGGAGAAUCAUCCCUUGGAACUGCCUCAACAGCAAGUAAUAAACCUCAACUAGGUGGAUCCCAACCUCCUCAUACUUCCACUCAACCCAUUGUUAUGGGCCCUCCCCCUACUCCUACUUCUAGACUACCAGUACCACACAAGACCCCAGGGCCAUCCAGGAGCGUUACUCACGCCAGGGUAAAUUCUGAGCUGAGUGGAGGUGCUGGGCGAACACAAGUUUUUGGAGGAGCUGCACAUAAACCAUCUCCUUUGAAAACUGUUGUGCUUAAAGCUAGACUCAUCACAACCCCUGGGAAAGCCACUGGACCAUCUUUGGCCAUAGCAUGCAGACCUGCAACUUCCUCCAGCAAAGGUGCUUCAAACUCUACAGUCAGUCCUCUGAAAAGAACGGCUUCUGCAAGGCUCGUGGGUCUCACUUCAAGUGGAACUGUGGACAAGAACAAGCCGAAGGCCAGCUCCCGCCAUCAACACCCCCAGCAGCCUGCGUCUCAACUGAAUCAGCGCAGCGGAGCUGUAGAUGUGGUACCAGCGAGCGCCGCCGAGGGCGGGAGGAAGGACCAGAGCAUCCAGCAGCUCAAAGGACUUCUGGCAGCUAGUAACUGCAGAUUUGAGGCUGUCGCCAUCGUCUUGCAGGAAGCUUUGGCUGAGCGUGAUGAAGCCAGAAGGCAGUGCAGGGAUCUGUCCCAGGAGCUGGGCAACCUUCGAGGAGAGCUGGUUUGCUCCGUCCAUUCAUCUGAAUGCCUGGAGAAGGAGAAGGAAGAGUUGCGCGUUGCUCUGGAGGAUGCCCUGCACAAACUGCAGGAGCAGCACCAGAAGGACCUGGCCGAGCUGGAGCAGAGACUGCAGGCCUUCUACCAGGCCGAGUGGGACAAGGUCCACCUCAGCUACCAGCAGGAGACUGACAAGGGCAGGACUCUCCUGCAACAGCAGAUGGGAGAGCUUAAAGACAAUCAUGAAGUCAUGAGGCUGGAACUAGAGAACAGCCACGCAGAACAGCUGCAGUCUGUGAAACAGCAGUAUGAAAUGUCACUGGAAGAGCUCAGAAAAGUCCACAGUCAGGAGCUGCAGUCUUUGGAAAGAACUUUGAAAGAGACAGGAGACGCUCUAUCUGGACAGAUUGAAAAGCUGACGAUGGAGAACAAUGCCCUCAUUGAGAAGCUAGCGGAGGAGGAGAACAGGAGGAAACAGCUGGCCGAUAAGAGUCAGAAGGACUCCCACACACUGUAUCUGGAGCAGGAGCUAGAGAGCCUCAAAGUGGUCCUGGAUAUUAAAAACAAACAGCUCCACCAGCAGGAAAAGAAGAUGAUGGAGAUCGACAAACUGAUGGAGAAAAAUGUGAAGUUGGAUGAGAGCCUUAUCAAGGUCCAGCAGGAGAAUGAGGACCUCAAAGCCCGCAUGGAAAGACAUGCUGCACUGUCGAGACAGCUGUCGACGGAGCAGACGGCGCUGCAGGAAACCCUUCAGAAGGAGUCCAAGGUGAACAAGCGGCUGUCCAUGGAGAACGAGGAGCUGAUGUGGAAGCUUCAUAACGGAGACCUGAGUAGCCCGCGCAAGGUGUCCCCCACCUCCGCCUCCUCCCCCUCCCCCCACUCCUUCAGCUUCCAAUCACCGCGCAGCUCGGGCCUGUUGUCCAGCCCCCCGGUCUCACCCAGAUAACCAUGGGCCCCUGCUUCCUCGAAGCACACCCUCUCUUCUGAGUUAUCCCUCUGGAAUUAAGAGCCAUGUUUGUUUCCUGUUCGCUUAGCAACACAACAGCCUUUGACUCCUUGGAAAUUGGAUGAACUCUGACACUAUCUGUACAGAGGUACAGACCGUAAAAGAAGAAAUGCUGCACAGAAGCACUUAAUAAGCGAUGUCGCCUUGUUUUUUUGCCUUUCACUUCUGAUACUAUGGAUGGAUGGGGGGGGGAAGGAAAUCUCAGGACUCCAAUGAAACACUAUUUUUGUUACUUGUUGGCAGAGGCUUUUCUCAGAACACUCACAUACACAGUACAUGCAGUAAAAUAUACACAGACAUGCAUGCAGAUAUAGCCCAGUGUGUGUGGGAGAGCAGUGUUUGUGUCUCUGGAGACCACAGCCAUGGAAAGUCUGAAUUUAGAAUAGAUGUGACUACAGAUGACACUAUCCCUUCUCAUAUCACAUUUUAUUUUACCUAUACAUGAAAUAUGGAAUUUCUUUGUUGGAUUCCUGCACCAUUUCUCACAGCUAACUGUGCAAGAGUGACUAGUACACCAGGGCUGUCCAAGUCUCUUUGAGGUGUUUUCUUUUAUUUUUGAAGGUUGGUGUUUUGACACCUAGGUUAUCUGUUUAAGAAUCAUCUGUGGCCUCAAACUUGUUUUAUUUUCCAUGUGUUUGUUUGUCUGACCAAGGGACCAAUCCAAGUCUUUGUGCAUGUGUUUGAAUCCCCUCACUGAACCCUCCUAAUGCAGCUUUAAAGUUGGCGUCUUUGCAGAGAGUUGACCACGAGAAGCUUUGCUUGUGCGUGUCGGAGACACUGCGCUGUCUCAAAAAGACCUUUUGUGGUAAAUGUAUGUUAUUGGUUUGUUGACCCUGUUUGAAAUAUGCAAUCAAUAAAGUCUUGUAUUAA